GAAGCGUGCUUACCACUCCAGUUGGUCAGUCGUUAGUGUGAAAUUGUAUUACACAGACGUGAGUUUAUUCCAGUGAACAAAAAAUUUUUUAACGUAUACGCGAAAAGGAUUUAAGAACAAAGAAAUCACUUAUUGAGUGCAAAGCAUUUGUUUGGGCGCACUGAUGGAGUGUAAUAUUAAUUUACAAAAAGAUGGUCACCAUGAAGAUUGUGUUGAAUAGAAAUAGAAACACGAGAACAGUAAUCACCACAGAUUUUGAGCAACGAUUACUUUUUGUGGACAACUAUUCACAACAACGCUCUCGUACAGCUACCAGCUCGGUUUUGAAUGAGAGAAACGAUUCAUUUCAAGAAUGUUUGAGAAGACCAACAAACCGAUUUAUUGCAGAUAGAAAAUGCUUCAGCAGAACGGUUCCAAAGCCAAGGAGGUAUCGGAUGAAGAAACGAUUGAGGCAAGACAUAGCCAUUAUAAGAACAAAGUUUGCCCGGCUAUCAGUGAACGUUUCAACGGAUAAUUCAGAGGAUGAGAGAGUUAAAAAUAAAAUGGAGCCCAGCGCGAUCCAGCUGCGAGAACCAGUUUUACGGUUUUCGAGAAGCUACGAAGAAGCGUCGUCGCCGAGCGUCAGUACCACUCCGUCUAUUUCCAUCAUCAAGAAAGCGGAUCCGUUAAAUGAGUCGUUGAUUCGAAUGUAUAGCUGCAGAAUGUGCCCGAACUUCGCACUACCAGAAGUGCAUGAAUGCUCGUCCGGCCACCUGAUAUGCAACGAGUGUUGGUUGCUGUCAAGUCAUUGCGCCUUGUGCGUUGACAAGAACUCCGACGAGAACACGAGGUGCAGUGAUUCGGGCACCUUCAGACGCAUCUAUGGCUUGGAGAAGAUCGCUUCGUUGUUAUUGUUUCCGUGCCGUUGGCGGGAUCGCGGAUGUUUUGAGUCGUUCGGUCCAAGGGCCUGGCGUGAUCACGUCGACUCGUGUCGGCACACCAAAAUACAGCUGACUUCGCACAUCUCUGCGUCCCAAUAGUGCAACAACGAAUGGUUGGAUUACGUAGACAAUGUAGUUGAGCUUUAGUUUCGGGUAAGGUCUUGGUUGUCUUUUACGUUAUUGUUGUACCUUUCUUUUUUGGUCCGAGCGUACAGGAAAUCGACAGUGAACGAAACUGUUGACCUGCACUUUUAGGAUGCACUCGUUCGGCUUUUUGUCGCGGGUAGACUUUACCUUCCUUCGUAAAACGAAGGUGAAAAACAUUUUAUUCUAUGUCGAUUUUAUGUCACCCUCAAACUGAGAAAAUUUGGUUUUUGGUGCACCCAAAUCAUGUCGGUGAUAUAUAAAUAAGUCACUUGGUUUUUCUUUACGCUUACGGCUACUUUACAUUCUUACUUAGUUUAAUCACAUAUCAAGAAUAGAAUACAAAACUCCACACCUGAUGUCGAUGGCCAGUGUGUACGUUGCUACGAAAUCGAUAAACUUACUACAUCUUCAUUCAAGUUACUGCUCACGAAUCGAUAUCUGGCAUCCAAAUUCAAUCGUAUUUUAUAUUUUUUCUUUUGCAUUACAAGUAGUACAAAAAUUGGUAUGGUCGGGCAGCUGCAUUUUUGCAUGCGUGCUACGUCAUGUCAAUCUUCUACCAAGUAUAAUAAGUAGUGAAAAUCUGUAAUAAUCAGCCGAGCGCAUCUUUAAGCUAAAAACAAUUCUUUUUUUUUGUUACAUUCUUGAAUCAUUAUAAUUAAAAUAAAUAAACAUUUAUA